AUGGACAGGAGCAUGAAUCCCUCAUCAGAGCUCGAAAAGGUCAAAUGAUAUUGAUCUCACUAUGCAAACGCGCUCUAUAUUGUCAGAAUCAAACCUCCAAAGUUGGGGUCAGGUCGGACAUUAUCAGGUUAGUUCGGACUCAUUAUCAGACGCGGCUGUUAUGAUUCCUUUUACAAGCUGAAAUUGGGAGAUUAUAAAAGAAAUGUAUCAUAUCUGGAAAGAUAGAGUUUAAAUGCGGUGAUGAAUGGACAGAGGCUGUAAGUUCAUCCGUAUGUUGGUGGUCAAAUCUCGGUGCGUAAAGCGCGCGCUCUGGGGUGGGGACUUCUUUGGAGAGGCAGAACCAGAGAGCACAACUGCACGACUCUCCGCAUCCACAGGUUGCUACGCGGAUCUCAUCCUCCUCUCGGAACAUCAUCUGGCAACCUAGACCUGAGAGUACAUUUGGUGGAGAUGAACUGAGAAGUGGUUAGAGGACGCUUUGGCUGAAGGAUUUGGAUUUGGACUGCACAUAGACGCUCAUGAGCAAAAUGCCAAAUCCAAAGCCUUGGUUGACUCGAUUAUUACCUGCCUGAUUAUUACAUUGUAUUGCGCAGGACUUUUUUUCUGGCGUCAACUAACAUCUUGUCAUCGUUUCUUCCCGAGGACUGUGCGUUUUAUUCGAGACCAACAUGCCACAGGUCCCCUACUGCAGCUGCACCACGGUGACAACAGCAACAUAAUGGCAUGUAGGAACGGUUGCUGCUGCGGCUCCGGUCCAAUAAACGAGGAUAACGCGAGGUUCCUGCUGCUGGCAUUGUUCAUCAUCAUCUAUCUCCUUUGUGGGGCCGCCGUCUUCUCAGCGCUGGAGCAGCCAAAGGAGCGAGAGGCGAAGGAGCGCUGGGCGCAGAGGUUCGAACAUUUCAGCCAGAAGUAUAACCUGAGCAAGAAAGACCUGAAUAACUUCCUCAGGAACUAUGAGGAGGCGAACGUAGCGGGUAUUCGUGUGGACACAAUCAGACCUCGAUGGGACUUCACCGGCGCGUUUUACUUCGUGGGAACUGUGGUUUCGACCAUCGGGUUUGGGAUGACCACUCCUGCCACCAUUGGAGGGAAAGUCUUCCUGAUGUUUUACGGCCUGCUUGGCUGUGCUGCCACCAUUCUUUUCUUCAACCUCUUUCUGGAGCGUGUCAUCACCGUCAUUGCCGUCAUUCUUAAGUCCUGCCACGAGCGUCACCAUAACAAGGCUGUGCUUCCGCAAAAUGGCCGGCGAGUCUCUGAGGGGAGUAGAGCAGGUGGAAAUGGGGGAGGUGGAGGUGGGAAAGGUCAGGAUCUUGCUGGCUGGAAGCCUUCAGUCUACUGUGUCAUGCUCAUCCUUGGAGUGGCGGCCAUCUUGGUGUCCUGCUGCGCCUCGCUCAUGUACUCGGCAGCCGAGGGCUGGGGCUAUCUGGACUCGCUCUACUUCUGCUUUGUGGCCUUCAGCACCAUCGGCUUUGGAGAUAUGGUGAGCAGCCAGCGGGUCGUCUACGAGGGCUACGCCACGGCCGUGUACCGGCUGGGCAACUUCUUCUUCAUCUUGACCGGCGUCUGCUGCAUCUACUCCCUCUUCAACGUCAUCUCCAUCGUCAUCAAGCAGGUCCUCAACUGGCUGCUGAGGAGGCUGGAGGCUCCCUGCCGCUGCUGUUUCCCCAGGAGGGGUCACCACCCUCACCGGCACCCGCGACGGAACGUGGUGGCUCCAGGCCACCUGCGUGCCCGCAGAGACCCCUCCAUCGAGACAGAUGCCAUCAACGAGAGCGAGACUGACACUGGGCGCAGGAUGUCUGGGGAGAUGAUCUCCAUGAGAGACUUCCUGGCAGCCAACAAGGUGAACUUGGCUAUUAUGCAGAAACAGCUAUCAGAGAUGGCCAUCGGACACCCGCGCCAGUCCAGCUCCAGCUCACGUCAGAACGGUUUCUCAGGAGGGGUGGGCGCCCUUGGCAUCAUGAACAACCGGCUGGCGGAGACUAGCGUGGACAGAUAGGGGAAACAGCAUGGAACCUUUACGAAAGGAUGCAAAAGGCUGCGAGGAUGAGACUAGCAAGGACAAAUCAGCACUGAGGGAUGCCCUCCUGGGGAAAAAAAAAAAAGACAAGAUAUGGGUGGUGUACAAGACUGAAUUUAUGACCACACAAUAUAUCUUUUUCCAUCGACAAGCAGGUUGACCCGCAGCGGCUACAGCCUGGAAUCAAACCAUUGUAGCACACUUUCCCAUCAUGAACAUGACUACAUCAAUGAUGCAUGAUAGUUUUCUGGAGUCUCACAUCUGGACCAGUGUGCAGGAAUUUUCUCCUGUGAGGAAUUCAGUUUCCAUGGUGAUAAAAAAAAGCCUGCCUAGAGCUCUUAUAUCUAAGCUUUAAAGACCUUAUUCACUACAUGCUACUUCACCGCUAACUGCAAAUUCCACUCAUCCACAGUACUUCACAAAACUCACUACAUCCCCCACCCACAUCCUCAAUGUAUCUGUCACUGUAAAGGACAUUAAUGAGAGAAAAAUAGCUUUAAUAAAAUGUCUGUUUCUUGGU